UAUCUAUUUAAAAAUUAAGAAUUAUUUGAAGAUGUCUGCUCCACGAUUGCCACCACUUCCAACCAUACGAGACAUAUUGAAACUAUACCGCUUGAGUGCUAUAAAACGUUUGUCACAAAAUUUUCUCAUGGAUCAGAAUUUAACUGACAAAAUUGCAAAGAAGGCAGGAAAGCUCACUGGGAGUCAAGUGCUGGAAAUUGGUCCUGGCCCAGGUGGAUUAACCCGAUCUAUUCUGAAAAAGAUUCCUGAACGAUUAAUAGUCGUGGAAAAGGAUCCAAGAUUUAAGCCUACUUUAGAAAUGCUGGCGGAAUCAUUCAGCGUAAUUAAUGGAAAGAUGGAUAUAAUAUAUGACGAUAUCCUGAAAACGAAUAUAGAGAGUUUGUUCCCGGCAGAAAAAAAGAGAAAUUGGACCGAUAAACCUCCGGAUAUCUUCCUCAUAGGCAAUUUACCAUUCAGUGUAUCGACAUAUCUCAUAAUUAAAUGGCUACAUGCGAUGGCCGAGCAACGCGGACCCUGGGCGUUCGGCAGGACAAAGAUGACGUUGACGUUCCAAAAAGAAGUAGCGGAACGUUUGGUGGCUCAACCGUUCGAUGAGCAACGAUGUAGGCUGUCAGUAAUGGCACAAACCUGGACAUUUCCAUCACUCCAUUUCACUAUACCUGGCGAAGCUUUUAUUCCAAAACCAGAGGUUGAUGUAGGAGUGGUGUCGUUUGUACCAUUAGUCAAACCACGCACGCAACACGAUUUUAAAUUUUUUGCAAAAAUAGCAAGACACGUAUUUAGUUUUAGACAAAAGUAUAGCAUACGAGGCAUUGAGACUCUAUUCCCCAAGGAAAAUCGCAAAGAUUUAGGUUUGAUGAUGUACAAAUUAGCUGACUUGGAUCCGACGCUCAGGCCGACACAACUUACAGUGGAGGAAAUCAAUAGACUGGCAACUGCCUAUAAAUAUCUACUGAAGAAACAUCCGGAGCUCGAGUUAUACGAAUAUCGCACGUCUCGGCACUUAUUACCGCUAAAAAAUACGCAAGAUGUUGUAGUAGAGGACUGUGCAGAGAUGCCGGAAGAAAUGAGUAUCUAAUCGGGACAAUUUAUACUCUCAGACAUGCAUCAAAUUUCAGUUUUAUUAAAUCGCAGGUUGCAUUGCAGCAGCAUUAAUUCGUUAUAAUUUCAGUUAGAACUGUGUGAAGGAAUCUGUAAAUAUACAUUUAUAUACAUACACAGUAUGGCUUAAUUCUUAAUUAAAAAUAUAGUACAAUGUA